CAUAGUGGUGAAACUGUGGAAGGUAGCUGGCAAUGGCUUCAAAUUUGAGAGCAAAGACGGCUAUCAUUUCCAAAACCCUAACGAGACCCCGCCCUGCUGGGGCCUUCUAUGCCGUUUCUUCCUCCUAUAUCUCCACCUCUUCUGCUGAUACCGCCGCCUCCGCCGCCGCCUCUUCUUCUUCCCAAUCUCCUCAUGAUAAAGAGAAAGGAUCAAAAUGGACAAGAUGGUUUCUUUUCCUUCCCGGAGCUAUCACUUUCGGCCUUGGAACUUGGCAGAUUUUCAGAAGGCAAGACAAGAUAAAGGUGUUGGAUUAUAGACUGAAAAGGUUGGAAAUGGAACCUUUGAAACUAAAUGGCAUGUCUCAUUCGAGUGAGAUAUUGGAAACUUUGGAGUUUAGGCGAGUUGUGUGCAAAGGAGUUUUUGACAAUGGAAGGUCAAUCUAUAUUGGGCCUCGUUCUAGAAGCAUUUGUGGAGUGACUGAAAAUGGCUACUAUGUCAUUACUCCCUUAAUGCGAAUCCCUGGUGAUGCUGAGAGUGUUCAAUCACCAGUUCUUGUAAAUAGAGGAUGGGUCCCACGCAGCUGGAGAGACAAAUCUUUUGAAGUUCCAGAAGACAGGGAGAAGUCUUCAAGUAUGGAUGCUGUUCCUGCCCCACCGAAUGAACAAAGUUGGUGGAGAAUAUUUCAGUCCAAGAAGCAAAAAACUGUUAAGGAUCAAGCCUCUGCUAUUACUUCUGUGGAAGUUAUUGGAGUUGCCCGGGGUAGUGAAAAGCCAAGCAUAUUUGUUCCAGCAAAUGAUCCAAAUUCUGGACAGUGGUUCUAUGUUGAUGUUCCAGCAAUUGCUGUUUCUUGUGGGCUUCCGAAGGAUACUCUUUUAAUUGAAGACAUCAAUGAAAAUUUUAAUCCAAGCAACCCUUAUCCUAUUCCAAAGGAUGUCAAUUCCUUGAUUCACAGUUCAGUUAUGCCUCAAGAUCAUCUAAAUUAUACAUUGACAUGGUAUUCUCUGUCUGCUGCAGUUACAUUUAUGGCUUUCAAGAGGCUUAAACCAAAAAUUAGUAGGAGAUAGCAAGCAUUACUCUAGGAGGUUUGCACUGGGGCCCUGGGACAAGCCAACAAGCAUUGAAUCUUCGAGAGACAUUGCUGCUUGCAGACCAGAAUACUUUAUGAAGCGGGUGGAGCCGUUGAGAAUGUAGUCGGAAUGGCUAUUCCGAUAGCACCACCUGCAUUUUGAUCAGUGGAAAGGAACAGAUGAGUUUUGCUACAUUUGAUAUUUUGUUUUGGCUUUAAACAAAAUAAAAUUGGAAAAAAAAGGAACCCUUUGCUAUUUUUCCUAGUCUAGAAGACAAGGAAAAAGUAAAAUGACAAUGGAAAGAGGAAGAGAGAGGGAGGAUUGAUUAAUGUCUGGUGCUAUAGAGAACUUAUUUAUAUUUGUUUUCAACUUUGCAUGUGAAGGUUCACUAAAGCUGAGAAUGUAUUGUUUAUAG